GUUAAGGAUGAGGUUGUGUGUAGUAGUAAAGGAAAAUGGCUGUGCUCGCUUGUGAACUGGGGUGCGGUGUUUCAUUAGCCAACGGAGAUAGGUGAAAAAUGUAAAUUUGUAUAUGAAUGUACAGUGAAUAGAACUAAAAUACAAAAACUCACCAUUAAAUGAAUAAAUAAAGUAGUCAAUCAACCGGCGGGCUUACUGCUGCUGUGUUGUGACACUAAUUAUUAAACCAUUUCUGGCGUCACGUAAUAUAAAACGAUUGUGCUGUCACCUAAACAUUUCAUUCUCUAGGUGAAUUAUCUGUCUGAAAUGUUGCCAUUACGUCUGUGAUGAGUACUACGGGAAGUUCUUAUUGACGACGCUUGUACAAGACUAUCGAAAAAAAUAUGCGACUCUUUCAGUUUGUGUCUAAGUGUGUGACAACAUGUCAACAACACUCAUGAGGUCCGAAUGUAGAAAAUUCGCCCCCAACAUCUUCAAUAAAAGCAAGUGCACCAACUGCUUUAGACAGAAGGAGGAGCAUAGUGCAGAAGCUCUCCAGAGUAACAGGGCUACCCGGAAAGUGGCGAAAUGCGGGUACCUGUUUGUAGCCCCAGGAUGGGAUUUUUCCAAUCCCCUCAACCGGACCAAGAGAUGGCAGCGGCGCUGGUUUGUGCUUUACGACGAUGGAGAGCUGAGUUACUCCGUGGACGAGCAUCCGGACACUGUACCGCAGGCCAGCAUAGACAUGAACAAGGUACUGGAGGUGACGGACGGCGAGGAGGUGACCGGACACGCUUACAGUUUGGCCAUCACCGCGCCAGACCGCGUCCACUUCGUGAAAGGCACUUGUCGCGAGGAAUGCCGGUGGUGGGGCGACGUUCUUGCCGUCUUCCCUAGGAGCAAGGGUCGGCAUAAGCGCAAUGCAACUUUUCCUGGAGGUCAGGCAACCAGUAUUCUGCAGCAGCCUCCUUCAGUCAGGGCCACAACACCUAGCGAACCAAGACCACGAUUCAACAGCUGCCACACUGAACCGAGCUCUCUGCGGCAUAGCCCAUCACCACCAUGGUUACCAGUGGAGGCAGAAGCCUUCCCCACACGAGAUGUGACCCCACCAGCUGAAACGCAACCAGCACCUGAAGUACCAGUCACAAUACCUGUGGACUCAAGGAAAAUUUACCGUGACCAGCCAGCUUCUUCUGCAUCACCACCUACACGGGAUAAGAUUCAGAGUGAAGAAAAGAUUAGGACUCGCAGAGUUGCAAACAGAGAGAAACGAGGGGUGAAAACUGGUCGGAGUUUCUCUGAGGACUUCUCAGGGAUGCUACCAACAUGGAGGGAUCGUAGCAAGGCAGAGAGUCCAAGUGACCACCAUGAUGCACGCAGAAUUCUUCUGGAAGAAUACACGAGUGAAUGUGACAAACAACGUGAUGAGAAGCUGAAGGAUAUUGCAGAAUCACUAACAAGACCACGGUGCCGUCGCAACAUUCAGUCCCACAGUACUGCUGCAGCUGUACACCCUGUUUACCAGACAAAACCCACAAGAGAUGGAGAAUAUAGUGAGGAAGAACAAAAGAAAGGGUUUGACAGGACAGACAGUCCGAUCAUCUCUCACCAAGAUCACAUUGAUGGUGGAGGAGAUAAACUUGUCCGUGGGGAUCCUGACGGUUGUGGAUUGGACAUAUCUACGCAUCGCUACUCUCCAAGCUCAGAGUUACGUGUUGACCUCCCAGCUGAAGACUUGCUGAACAUCAAGAAGGGCUGGCUCAUGAAGCAAGGACCCAAUAAAGAAUGGAACAAGCACUGGUUUGUUCUGCGUGGGGCAGCACUGAUGUACUACCGUGACCCUACAGCUGAGGAUAAGGGUAUUCUGGAUGGAGUCAUAGACCUUAAUGGUGUGAACUCUAUAUCUGAAGUUCAGGUUGCUCGCAACUAUGGUUUCCAAACUUUGGCAUGGGAUGAACGUCGGUAUGUUUUAUCAGCUGUGACAGCUGGUAUUCGUGCCAACUGGAUGUCUGCAUUGCGUAAAGCUGCAGGCUUACAAGAACCUCCAUCUGCAGGAGGCUGUGAUAGAACUCUGAGUGUGGGUGAGAGGCUUGAGCAAGAAUUGGACAAUUCACAGCAGCUUGCAUCACCCACUGGGCAGUUGGAACAAGAACCUUCAAUUGUUCCCAGUACACCUCUUACUCCUCGGUCACUACUCUUCUCAUCAGAUGAAGAGUAUCGCACGGCAUCAGAAGGAGGACGUAGGGAAAGUGAAGACUGGGGAGAGCCUCUUACUCCUCUCCCUCCUUCACCACCCUUGAACAGGACACCUAUAUCCAGAGUAAAAGAAAAAGCCAGGUCACGAGUUUACAAGAGGUCACGGUCAUCGCCACCUUCAUCAAGACGAUCAACUCUGGACUCACUGCGAGCCGAUGAUUUGUUGCUGGCUUGUUGUGGUGAACUUCCUGAGUCUGAUGCUGAAGAAAGUAUUGGACUGGAUUCUGUGAAGAGUUCCCUAUAUGACACAGACAACCAGUCAUCUGAGAUGGAGGAUCUCAAGCGCCAGUUGAAUGUGGCGCUUUGUGAAGUGAGUAAUGCAGAGAAGGAACUGCUGAGGCUUCGUCAGCGAAAGUCAGAUGUGGCAGCUCUUGAACAGCGGUUGCAGGAUUUGCUUAAGGCAUUGGAACGUGCUGAAGAUGAGCUUCGGCAGAAAACCAAAGAAGCAGCUGAAGCAGAGGCUUUGAAGAAAAGCUAUGGUGAGCUUCUGAGAGAGCAUGAGGAAGUGCUGACUCAUUGGCGACAACAGACAAAUGGUGAGGAUUGGCAGGAGUUGUAUCAUCAGCUGGAAGCCAGGUACCAUGAAGACAGUGAAGAAUGGCGGCAGAAGCUAACUGAUGCAGAGUCCGCACUUGCUGCAGCAUGUUGUCGGUGUGAUGCACUGACUCGAGAGGCAGUGGAAGCAGUCUCCCUUGGCGAGCAGUUGGCUCGAGGCAUUGAGGAAAAUGAGGCAUUGUACAGGCGUGUUCGUGAGUUGGAGGGGCGGGCAGGGAGUGCAAGUAGCAGUUCUGCUGGUGGCAGCAACGGUCUGUCGGCAUCAAGGGAGAAAGGCCGAAGUGUUGAUUCUCUUAGUGAUUUAACAAAUAUUGAUCUUGAUCUGGACCUGUCACAGAUUGACAAAGAGAGGUUAGUGGAAGAAUAUGACGACCUACGUGGUCGCUUUGAGAAGGCUGUGGCAGAGAUACGUGCCAUGAAGCGUGAGUUGCGUGAAUCACAUGCUCUGUAUGAUGAUCUGGAGCUGACGCUAAUCACUCUACGACAGGACGGGAAACGCCAAGAAGAUGCUAGCAAUGCACAAGCUGCUCUGAUGGCCGCAAGAGUGGAGGAUCUUACAUUGAAGCUGAGUGCCGCUGAGAAGCAGGUUCGAGCACUGAAACAAAAGCUCUUGAAAUCUGAUUCUCGUGAAAAACGGCGCUCCCUGUCUUUGAAGGGACGUGAAUCAUUUCAGAUUUGCAAAGAGCUUGAAGAGAAAUUGGCUGAAUUGGAAGCCAAAAUCACAUCCUUGGAAACGGGCCAGCCAGUUGCAGUGACUGCAUCACCAAGACCCAUCAAGCAUGCAAGAAGUGCAUCUCCUCAAAGCAGAAAAGAUAUAAGUAGUGAUGAAGGAGGUUCAAAAGGUUCCUCCCGCAUACGUCGGAAGUCUCUGGAUAGUGCUACCAGCUCUGAGCCAAUGAAGGUGUUGAUCCGUCUCUCUUCUCUGGAAUCCAAGGUUGCAAAGGCAGUUGACAGGAUAGGAAAGAAAGUUGAAGGUGAUAUUGAGGGGGAGGUCUUGCCCAGUAAAAAUGUGCAGUUCUCCUCUCCAAAGCAGCCACACCAUGUGGAGGUGAGUGUGGAACCAGCACAAGACUCUAUAUGCCUGGAGGAUGAAAAGUUUUCAAACCUUGAAAAUGCUCUAAUAAUUACAAGAGCCAAAGUACAAGAGUGUCUUAAUGUAAUAGCAUCUAAUAAGUCUCCAGCCUCAAAAAAUCGUCCAUCUUAUUUGGAUAGCUUCCAGUAUCUUGAGAACUGUUUAGGCGAGGUGAAAAAUAUCCUAGAAAAAUGUAGUGGAAAAGGUAAUGAUGCUGAGGCAGAAAUCAUUAAUGGUUCAAAUAAUUCAUUGGAACUCAUCAGACAUGCAGCAGUGAAGUGUGUGGUAAGGAAACUUGAAAACCUUUUGCAAACGAAGUUAAAGGAAAUAGCAGCAAGAAAAGCAGAAUUAGUGCAGCUGGGAAGGUUUGACAGUCAAGCCCGUAUGCAGCUUCUAGCUGAGAAACUAGCCUAUGAAUCUGUGCUUAUUGGUAGGAUAGCCCAGGCUGUUACCAGUUGUGAGGAUAGUAGCAGUAGCUUCAGGAAACGAGUCUUAGAUUCAGAGAUUAUAGAGUGCAGGCGCCUAAUUCUUGAGCUGAAGUCAAAAUUGAAAGGAACCGCAGAAGCAAAGUCCAGUUGCUAUGAAACAUCACUUGAGCAUCUCACCAGAGUUCUUUCAGCAAGGUUGAUGGCACAGACACAUCUGGCUUCCAGCUGUGGAUUUCUGGCUCAGAGAAGUGAAGUGAGAUGGUGCCUGAAACCCAGUAGUACAGAUGCAACAGAGAUGUUGCUGAAGCAACAGCAGGAGCUGGAAGUGUGUAUGAAAAACUACAGAACAGCCAUAUUAGGACAGCUGGCCCAAUCUCUAGCUAUUGAGACACUGAGUCUUACAAAUGAACAUGAACAGAGGAGAAAUAUAACAGUGGAGCAACAGAGAUUUGGACAAUCUCUGACUCCAACACUGGAAGACCAAAGGAUCCGUGAAGCAUGGACUAUGGCACAGGAAACUGUGAACCGUGAACUAAUUCAGGCUGAGAUUUCACAUGUUACCAUGCGCUGUGGGCAGGUGUAUGAAACUAGUCUUGCAAUGGAACAGGAAGCAAUGUUCAGUUUCUUAGCAUCACAGCACGUUGUUUUGGAACAGUGGUCGGACACAGUUGAAGGAAUUCUGAGGCAAGAGAUGGAAUCAGGUAUUGAUGAACUGACUCGAAACUAUGAGGAAUGCCUAUCAAAAUUGAAGAAAGAUAAGUCAGCGAGAACAUUAAGUCAUGGGGAAGAAGCAAUGUUGGAAUCAAGAAGACUGCUAUCAGAAUUUGCAGAUAUGACUGCUCACAAAGCUAUGGUAGAUGCUCGUAUUGCCGUGAUAUGCAAUGAAACACCUCCCAUGGAAUCACCUGAUAAUUCCAUUACAAAUGGCAUUUCAAAUGAAGUGGUCACCAAUCUGCAGACUGAAGACAGUGAUGUUAUUUCUAGGUUACUGACAGAUCCUGGGCAGGAUGAAUUCAGAGUUGAUUCUGCAAUGAGAAUGGAAUUCCAGUAUCUUUUUGAACAGUUUUCUCGAAAGUGCCACUCAAAUAUGUUGCAAGUGUUUAGUAAGAAGACAGACAGUGAGACUGCUGUGAGUGAUGAAGAAUGUAUUAGAAGUGUGAUGGAUUCUCUUAUGUACCUGCAGAAAGAGCUCCAGAUGGCAUUAGAUAAGUGUAACAUACAUCAAGAAGGGACAGCUGACUGUGACACCGGGGUACGUUCCUGGGAUGCCGUGUGCUCAAAGUGUGCCACUCUGCGAUUGCAGAUAACUAGUCUUGUGAGGUAUAUCCUGCAGGGACGAGACUGUCACAGGUGUCAACAGCUGCAGGAAACAGUGCAUAGGUUGGCUUCGGAACAUGAACAAGAGCUCCAAGCAUUGCAGCGAUGCCAGGAGCGAGAAAUGGCUCAAUUACGUGGUGAGCUGGAACAGCAGAGGCAGUCACUGGUAUGUCAACAUGAACAAGAACAAGCACAGUUAAAGGAAAGAGCUCGUCGUCUGGAACGUCGGCUGGGUACUCUGGAUUCAGAAUAUGCUCAGCAGGUUGAAAACCUUAGAUCUGCAUACCAAAAGACGCUUUCAGCUGGGUUAGAACGUGAUGUUGAAGGAGAAGAAAAUAUUCGGCAGCGGUAUCAGGCUGAAAUUGAGCAACUUCGAGCUUUAUGUGAAAAGGGCCUGGUUGCCAUGGAGAACUCUCAUCGCCGCAUCAUAGCGGAGUUGGAGGAGAAACAUCGCCAAGAAAUAGAACAGUUGCGGCAUGAGAAAGAGCAAGCCCUGGCUGAGGAAACACAGGCUACAUUAGCAGCACUGGAUGCCAUGAGGAAAGCUCAUGAGACUGAAGUGCAGAAAGAGAUUGCGAAAUUCAAGUCAGAAUUCAUCAAAAAGAUGCAGUCCACUCAUGACAUUGGUGCUGUCCACAAGGAGCAUGAAGCUGAAAUGGAAGAAAUCAAACAGGAGAUUCUCUCUCUGUCAGAAAGAUACUCUGUAAAAUGUGUGGAGUCAGCAGCCUUAGAAGAACAAGUGGGAGUGAUAAUGAAACAGCUUACACAAGCACAACAACACAUUCAACAAUUGGAUGCUAGAAAUAAGCAGUUGCGUGCACAUUUGGUAUCAGAAGUGAGUGAGUUAGAAGCAGGCUCAGAAGGUAAUGCUGCACAGCUGCUGUGCCAACGUGAACAUGAACUGGAACAGAAGUGUGAGGAAAUAAGUCACCUUCAACACCAGCUUGAUACCACCAAAACUCAUGGGGAGCAGCUGAGUGCACUUUGUGCGCAGCUGAUUGAUGGGUACAUGUGUACCGAACAUUGUCAUGGCAACCGGAUGGGGCCUCUGUGGGAGCGACUGCGGCAGCUGACAGCAGCUUGGCCACCUCACAUCACAGGUACCCAGGUCAGUGCAGCAGACAAGUCCCAGUCAGAUGGUAUCACAAAGGACCAAGGUUCAAAGUCCAGCAAGAGUAAACAGCGCAAGGAACCGCCAGCUCUCGCCACUGCAGAAUUGAUGCGGUCUCCAAAGAAAAGCUGUCAUAAAAGUUCAUCAUUAUCGUCGACUUUUUUAUCGGUUGCUCCCCUCCGUUCCACCUCGCCCUGUCCCCUCAGCGGGAUGGUGGCCGAGCGCAAGAAGAUGUUCGAACCUUAAAUAGUAACAUGUUUGUUCGGACAGUGUCCGAGGAGGGGAGGGGUGGCAACCAAUCAGUAAACCAAAAUGCUUCACGGCAAACAGCUAGGGGCAUGCUACUUGCAACCAAGGGAAAGGCAGCAGUCUACCAAACAGUUGGCAGUGAUGAGUGCCGAGUGUUAUGGAGAUUAGGUAGUCAAACACUAUCAACAUCAAACAAAUCAGCAGAACCACCAGUGCUGGAAGGUAGAAAGUUGAGUAGUGAUGCCAGUAAUAAGUAUUCAAAUGAAACUGAAGUCAAAUUUAAGCGAAUUGUUAUUGCCAAAACUGCAACCAUAAACAUGAUGAAACAUUAAUAUUCAUGAGUAAUUUAAUAUUGCAUGACAUGAACUCACAUUAGACAUAGAUAGAAACACCAAAACUAAUUACAAACCUUGGAAUUAAGUCCAAGGUACCUGCUCAAGCUGUUAUGACUUCUUCCAUUUAUCUUAACAGCUUUUGCAGAAAAGAGUAGUCAUUAAGUUCUUGCGAAUAUGCUCAUGUAAAUUUAAACUUUUGACGGGGCAUUAUUUACUGUUCAUUAUUGUGCUGUAUGAAAUACAUAAAAAAAAUAUUGCACUGUUGGAGGUAGAUGGAGUUCCAGUGAAAGUGUUGAUUAUAGUUUGAUUGCUUCUGUCCAUGAAGAACCAAUUAGGAUAGACAUUUUACGUUUUAUCGUUCACAAAAUCUUGUCUUCAAAGCAUUUGUUGCUCACUAAUUGUAUGUAAUGUAAUUAUGUUAACAAUAGAAUAUUUUAUUAGUGUCUUGUAUAAAAAUGUUUGUAACUUAUCAUUUGUGUUCUGUUCUCAUGCUGUAAACUUUACCAUCCUGUGAUGGCAUGUACUCAUUUGUUGUUAUUAGCAUUUGGUGACAUGAGCUAAUGUGAUGUGUAAGCUUUAUGUUGUUUCAAAACCACCCCGUUAAUGUACAGUUGCUGCACCAAUUAAAUGAAGAACUUAAGUUUUCCACAAUUUAUCAUGUUGCAAACUUGAAAAUCGAUUUAACAUUUAUACCUGUUGAUCUGGAAAUUUAACUGUUGAGAAAGCAUAGCAUGAAAAUUAUUUCCUGUUAUAGAAAUGUCGAGUUGCUUAACUUGGGGAAUUAAAUAGAGGCAAAUUUUAAAUAUUUAUGAAUACAAAUUAUUUCUUUCCCUCCUUUAUCUUGUUAAUUACACAUGUGGUGUGGCAGAUUACGUUUGAGUUUUUGUUUUCAAAUUUAAAUUAAUUUGCUCAGGUAUGUUGAAUGUUGAGAGUAGUGUAAUUAAUUUGUACAUUAAGUUAAUAACACACCAGUUGUAAUAUUGACUGGGCCCAAGAUAUAGGAUCAGUCAUGUGUAGAAUAGUUUAAGAUCAUGUGUGAGCUCUUCUCACAUGAAGUCUAUGGAUUCAUACAUCACCCACCUUUGUAUAUGUAUUAAUAGAUUCAGUCCUUAGCACUGAAUUCAAAGAUAUUAAUUUAAGUACAAGUUCCAAAUAAUGUUGAUAACAGCAAUGAUUAUAUUAUUUGUGACAUCAGCUUUUGCAAUAUCAUAGGACUGAAACAAUAUAUUUUGUAUACUGUUUCAAGAUUAUGUAAUUUUUAACAUUUUUAAAAUUCCAUAUAUGUCUCUUUGGUACAGUGUAUAUUGUGAAAUAGUGAAUAGUUUAAUAACAUUGUCACUUAAUGCAAAGAGAAUAGUAUAAAUAAAACAUAAAACAAUGAAUAAAAUUUAUUU